GAAAUGCCGUUAGAAACGAUGGGGUGCAGGAAGAAAAGCCCCUAAGGAGGGGAGAUCAAACCAGAGCAACGCAAAGCAGUGGGAUUUUCUUCACUCUGCUGCUUAGCAAGUGAAAGCUAAAGCAAAGCAUGAAUAUGCAUAUGCAUAGAUUCAGAGCAAGGGUUUUUCUGCGCUCAAUUUCACUUUGUAAAUCUAAGUUGCAUGAACACCAUGGUGCUCAAAUUCACUUCUCUCAAAAUCGCACCUCCACAGGUCCUGGAUUUGUUGAAUUUGAAACAGAACCAUCUAUGCAGAUGCAAGUUCUUAAGGCACUCUGCUCGGGUGAAAGAAAGAAGGCUUCAGACUUACUUUUGGAUUUUGGUUCCAGAACCCACUCAUUAACUGCUGACGAUUUUCUUCAUAUUUUUAAGUACUGUGCACGCUCUCCUGAUCCAUUGUUUGUAAUGGAGAUUCGGAGAUUCAUGGAAUCAAAAGGUGUUAGCAUGAACAAUAAAUGCUCAUCUCUUAUGAUGGAGGCCCUUUGUAAAGGAGGUUACUUGGAUGAGGCCUUUGAUGUCAUUGAUUUUCUUGGAGGAAGUCAAUGUCUCUAUCCAGUUCUCCCACUUUACAAUAGACUCUUAGGAUCCUGCACGAAAAUGCAGAGUCUAAUUCAAGCAAACAAAUGUUUGGACAUAAUGGAAAAGAUAGUAGGGAAGAGUGAAGUUACAUAUACCGAGCUUCUCAAGGUGGGCAAACAGAAAUUUUCUGAAAAACUGCCUGCAGCCCAUCUUCUUUGGCAGGAGUAUGUGAAAAACUAUAGCAUGAGUAUCAUUCCUCUGAGAAAAUUCAUUUGGUCAUUUACAAGGUUAAGAGAUUUAGAAUCUGCUCAUAAAACACUACAACAAAUGGUGUCAUUAGUUGGCAGGGGAAACUUUUCAAUCGGUAAAACAGUUUAUGGGAAGUUGUAUUCUACUAGAAGUGGACAUCCCUUGUGCCUUCAAAUAAGGGGCUGGCGCUUCUCUGUUCAGAUGGAAAAUCUUGGUUUGCAGCCCAUCCUGCCAACAUAUAAUGUGAAAAAAAUGCAGCAGAAGAAUUUGAAGCCGAAUGAUUCAAUAGCAACACUUUCAAUCACAUGCAGUAAAGCACUACAGUUAGAUUUAGCCGAGGCUUCUGAACAGAUUUCUGAAUGUCUAUAUCCACAUUCUUAUAAUGCUUUGCUAGCAUCAUGCGAUGAAUUGAAUCAACCUGAACGUGCAGUGCAAGUGUUUGCCAAGAUGAAGCAGAAAAAAGUUUUGCCUAAUAUCAGGACUUGUGAGCUUCUAUUUUCGUUAUUUGGUGUUGUAAAUGCCCCUUAUGAAGACAGUGAUAUACUGUCACAGGUGGAUGCUGCUAAAAGAAUAAAAGCUAUAGAAAAAUAUAUGGCCACAAAUGGCAUUAAGCACAGUCAUCUUUCAAUAAAAAACGUAUUGAAAGCCCUUGGAGAAGAAGGGAUGAUAAGAGAGCUGAUCCAGUAUUUACACCUGGCAGAGAAUCUUUUCAUUUAUCAAAACCCUUCAUUGGGAACUCAUAUGUACAACACAGUGUUACAUUAUCUUGUUGAAGCCAAAGAAAGUGACAUGGCAAUUGCAGUUUUCAAGAAGAUGAAGUUAUGUGGCUGCAACCCUGACUCUGAAACAUACAAUAUAAUGAUUGACUGUUGUACCAUCAUACAAAGUUACAGAUCUGCUUGUUUGCUGAUUUCAAUGAUGAUACGGAAAGGGUUUUGUCCAGUGAUUUGUACAUAUACUGCUAUCAUUAAGAUUUUAUUGGAAGAUGACAACUUUUAUGAAGCCCUGAAUCUUUUGAAACAAGUCAAAUUAGAUGGCAUCCAACCUGAUGUACUGCUGUUCAAUACAGUUCUUAAACAAGCUUGUUACAAGGAAAGAGUUGAUGUAAUUGAGUUCAUUGUGGAGCUUAUGCACCGAGAGAAAGUUCCCCCCGAUCCAAGGACAUGCGGCUAUGUGUUCUCUGCAUACGUAAAUUCUGGUUUUCACAGCACAGCAAUUGAAGCCUUGCAGGUUUUAAGUUUGCGUAUGAUAUCUGAAGAUGGCAACAUAGUUGGGGAGGAGAAAAAAUUUGUAAAUGAAUUCAUCCUGUCUGAAGAUUUGUCUGCUGAGUCACAGAUACUCAAGUUAUUUGAAGAUUCUGAAGAUGAACUUGCAGUUGGGUUGUUGAAUUUAAGAUGGUGUGCCAUAGCUGGAUUCCCAAUCUGCGAGUCAGCUGAUCAAAGUCUGUGGGCGAGAAGACUGGAAGGAAAGCGAUUCUGAGCCCGAGUUUUACGAAGACACAAUUGUCUUUAGGGAAGUCUCCAUAAAGAGAUUGAUAGUUCAGUAGUGGAGAAACGCGGGCUGAGGCUAUAUCAUACAUAUGUAUGGUGUCAACCCUGGACAUCGUUAUUGCUCCAGCUCUGCGCAGGAGUUCAAUUUUUUAAUCCUAAGGAUACAAGCUCCAAUCAUUUGGAACUAGCUCAACUUUUCUUGGUUGCACCAAAUUUGAAUUAUUUUUACGUUUGGUGCACAAUUUUUUAACACUAAUAAAUUUAAGCAAACUAUUAGUCUUUUUGUGAUAAAGGAAAAUUAGUUUAACAUUUCGAUUUGACAUUGAAAUACUUUGCCAUAAUUCAGAAUCAUGUAUCGUGAAAUAAGAUAAAGACUUUGUACCUAAACAUGAAAUGGCUUUUAAACUCUCUUCUCGCUGAUUGUCUGCUAC